ACUUCCAUUAGGCGAAAGACCAAAGCUUGAUGAAUUUGGUCACCUUUUCUCACGAACUUCUCAAAUUCCACCCACCAAGCAACUUCCUAGUUAAUUUUCCUCUUUGUUCACUUAUAUAUAUUUACCUAAUACCUUCCUCAAUUCUCAUCAACACAUAACGAAUAACUCUUUGUUUUCCUUUGCCUUUUCUGCAUGCAAAAAUAUCACCCGCCUUUUCACAUAACAUCAGCAAGUUCCAAUAUUUAACAUGGCAGCACCUGGUUAUUUGAAUCGUUUUCCAUUCAAGAAGUUCCCUGUAACUACAAUUCCAGUGCCCCUGCUAAUUCAUGGCACGGUGGCCCUUUUCUUUUUGUAUAUAAUCUUUGACUGCGCACGUAGACUUUUUAAUUUUUUGUCCUUUGUUAAUUAUCAAGGUGAAAAGGUGAAGACCUCCCAAAAAUUGACAUCUUUUAGCGAAAAAUUAGUUGAUGGAAGCUUAAGCAGGGAAGAAGUGGAGACGAUUAUGGCUAAUUUGGGUAUUUUUGCUAAUCCUGAAAGUGCAAAGAUUCAGGAAAGGUUGGAUUCUAACGACAUUUUUGACCUUUUUGGAGAUGAAUUAGAAGCUAAAGAGCAAGAUGUAAAAGAAGCUUUUGAUGUAUUCGAUGAGAACAAAGAUGGAUUUAUUGAUGAAAGGGAUUUGCAAAGAGUUCUUUCUGCUAUGGGAUUAAAAGAAGUUGCAGAAUUGGAUAAUUGCAAGAAGAUGAUCAUGGCCUUCGAUGAAAAUGGAGAUGGCAGAAUUGAUUUUCAGGAAUUUGUCAAAUUGUUCUAAGAUUUUUGGUUAACAAUCAUUGUAAAAAGGAAAGGGAAAAUUUGGAUGAACACAAACAUAUUGUAAUAUUCUUUAAUUUGAUCGGUUCACUCUUGCUUAUGAUCAUCAUCAAUUUUGCUCAAA